UAAAAGUCGUCAAAGAAGUGGGGGUCAUCGUCUGUGAAUGAGGUAGGAAGUGGAUAUGGGAAGGGCUCCGUGUUGUGACAAGGAAGGAGUGAAGAAAGGGGCUUGGAGUCCUGAAGAGGACCAAAUCUUGGUACAGUACAUCAGCAAGCAUGGCCAUGGCAGCUGGCGUACCCUCCCCAAGCAUGCUGGUCUUCUUCGAUGUGGAAAGAGUUGUCGGCUUAGGUGGAUUAACUAUCUUCGUCCUGGCAUUAAACGCGGUCCGUUUACUUCUGAGGAAGAGGAUACUGUAAUUCAGCUUCAUGGCAUGCUCGGCAACAGGUGGGCUGCCAUAGCAUCGCAACUUCCUGGAAGAACAGACAACGAGAUUAAGAACUAUUGGAACACUCAUUUAAAGAAGCGUCUCCGUGGCCCAUGGGUGCCCAAGUUCGCCAAACUUGAGCCAAGCAAUGCCAAAUCCGAAUCUCCUUCAACUCGCCAUAUGGUACAGUGGGAGAGUGCCAGAGUGGAGGCUGAGGCACGCUUGUCAAUGGAAUCGUUGCUGCACAACCUCUCAUCCAUGGGUCAGACCGACUGUGAUCACUUCCUCCGUCUUUGGAAUACUGAAGUCGGAGAAUCAUUUCGGGUUAUCAAAGAAAAAGAUGGUGCAGCCUGUCGAAGCCCUGUCCCUCAAACAUCUUCAUCGACAAAAUGUUGUUCGGAUUCUGAUGUUACAAUACAAGUGAAAAACACCAGCACCGUUGGCAGCACUACUAACAUGACUUCAGAACAAGAGCAUGACUAUCGACCAAUGGUGGACGACGCAAUGGCCAACUCGGAUUCUCUCACCUCUUACGAUCUCAUGGAUUCUUCUGAUUCAGCAUUAGACCUGCUGCUAGAUUUCCCAGACGGUGAUGACAUGUUUCAAGGAUAGACAUUUUGCUCCAAACUAGAUGUCAGUACAAAAUGCCUCUUUCCGGUGUUGCAUUACACGGUUAGAGCAGUUUAAUGAGGCUAACAUGCGAAGAAAAGUUUAGUUAUUAGCUAAUUUAGCUUUAAUAGAUAGUUUGGCACCUAUUAAGUUUCA